GUGGUCAUCGAUGGCAAGGGCCACCUGCUUGGCCGUCUUGCCAGCAUCGUUGCCAAGCAGCUCCUGAACGGCCAGAAGAUCGUCGUCGUCCGCUGUGAGGCCCUCAACAUCUCGGGCGAGUUCUUCCGCGCGAAGCUGAAGUACCACGCCUACUUGCGCAAGAUGACCCGAUACAACCCGACUCGAGGUGGUCCCUUCCAUUUCCGCGCCCCGUCCCGAAUCUUCUACAAGGCCGUCCGUGGUAUGAUUCCCCACAAGACCGCCCGUGGAGCUGCUGCGAUGGAGCGCCUGAAGGUCUUCGAGGGUGUCCCUCCCCCGUACGACAAGAAGAAGAAGAUGGUGGUUCCCCAGGCCCUGCGUGUCCUGAGACUGCAGCCCGGCCGCAAGUUCUGCACCGUCGGCAGACUCAGCCACGAGGUUGGCUGGAAGUACCAGGAUGUUGUUGAGCGAUUGGAGGAGCGCCGCAAGGCCAAGGGUGCCGCCUACUACGAGCGCAAGAAGUUGGCACAAAGACAACUGUCUGAAGCCAAGAAGAACGCUAAGACGGACACCAAGACGACCGAGGCCCUCUCUGCAUUCGGUUACUAA